GCCUUGCGUCUCGCACCCUCCUGGAGCGGAGGCCGACGGAGGGCGACGGGUCUCGGUUCAGGGUGCCGGGCAGCGGUCGGCCCGCCGCCCACGCGUGUUUCCGGCAGCGGGUGCGAGGCUGGGCCCCCCGCACACCCUGCCACCCGCCCGGCCACCUGGGAGGGCGGGGCAUCCUGCGGUUCCCCCUCCAGGCGCGCGGGGGCGCUAGAGGCGGCGGCCCGGGAAAGCGGCGGGCGACGCUCUGGCCCUGGGGACGCCGACGUGCGCUGGCCCCGCGGCUUAGUGCCCUUCCCGGAAGCGCGGGGUCACGUGGCAGGCGGGCGCUGCCGUGGAGACGCGGCGCGCUCUCCGGCGGGGCUGAGGGCCGGGUUCUGGAGUCCGGUUUCGCGGGCCUUCGCGGCGCGGAGUGGCUGCAGCGGCGCGAUGCUGUGCGCCCGGCGGCUGGGCGGCUUCGGGGCCGGGCUCCGGGUCCGGUGGGUCAGCACCAGCUGGUCCCCGGUGGGCGCCGCCUUCAACGUCCAGCCCCAGGGACGCCGCCUGGACCUGUUCGGCGAGCGCCGGGGCCUGUUUGGAGUUCCUGAGCUCAGCGCCCCAGAAGGAUUCCGUGUCGCCCAGGAGAAGGCCUUGAGGAAAACGGAGCAGCUGGUGGGCCGCGUGUGCUCCGCGCCGCCCGGGCCCCAGACCGUGCUCAUCUUUGACGAGCUCUCGGACUCCUUGUGCAGGGUGGCCGACUUGGCCGAUUUUGUGAAAAUCGCUCACCCCGAGGCAGCAUUCAGGGAGGCCGCGGAGGAAGCUUGCCGGAGCAUUGGCGCCAUGGUGGAGACGUUGAACACAAAUGUGGAAUUAUAUCAAAGUCUGCAAAAACUAUUAGCUGAUAAAAAACUUGUGGAUUCCCUUGAUCCAGAAACCAGGCGAGUGGCCGAACUGUUUAUGUUUGAUUUUGAAAUCAGUGGAAUCCAUCUAGACAGAGAAAAGCGUAAAAGAGCGGUGGACCUGAACGUUAAAAUCUUGGAUCUGAGCAGCGCGUUUCUCAUGGGAACCCACCUUCCCAGCAGGAUUGAGAAGCAUCUCCUGCCGGAACACAUUCGGCAUCACUUCGAGCUGGCCGGGGACCACGUGCUGGUGGAUGGUCUGCGUGCAGAAGUGCCGGAUGACUUGGUGCGAGAAGCCGCUUAUAAAAUUUUUCUUUAUCCCAAUGCUGGUCAAUUGAAAUGUUUAGAAGAAUUGCUCAGCAACAGAGAUCUUCUGGCAAAGUUAGUGGGGUAUUCUACAUAUUCCCACAGAGCUCUCCAAGGAACAAUGGCUAAAAAUCCAGAGACUGUCAUGCAGUUCCUUGAGAAGCUAUCUGACAAACUCUCUGAAAGAACUAUAAAAGAUUUUGAGAUGAUACGAGGGAUGAAAAUGAAACUAAAUCCUCAAAAUUCUGAAUUAAUGCCUUGGGAUCCCCCCUACUACAGUGGUGUGCUUCGUGCAGAGAGGUACAACAGCGAGCCCAGUUUAUACUGCCCGUUUUUCUCCCUGGGAGCGUGCAUGGAAGGCCUGAAUAUCUUGUUUAACAGGCUGUUUGGGAUUUCGCUGUAUGUGGAACAGCCUGCAAAGGGAGAGGUGUGGUGUGAAGAUGUUCGGAAACUGGCCGUGGUUCAUGAAUCUGAAGGACUCUUGGGGUACAUUUACUGUGAUUUUUUUCAGCGAGCAGACAAACCUCACCAGGACUGCCAUUUUACCAUCCGUGGAGGCCGAUUAAAGGAAGACGGCGACUAUCAGCUCCCCAUUGUCGUUCUUAUGCUGAAUCUUCCCCAUCCCUCAAAGAACUUGCCGACAUUAUUAACUCCUGGGAUGAUGGAAAAUCUUUUCCAUGAAAUGGGACACGCCAUGCAUUCCAUGCUGGGACGGACUCGUUAUCAGCAUGUCACUGGGACCAGGUGCCCCACUGACUUUGCCGAGGUCCCUUCUAUUCUGAUGGAGUACUUUGCAAAUGAUUACCGAGUGGUUCACCAGUUUGCCCGACAUUAUCAGACGGGGCAGUCACUGCCCAGAAAUAUGGUGUCUCGCCUUUGCGAAUCUAAAAAGGUUUGUGCAGCAGCGGACGUGCAGCUUCAGGUCUUUUAUGCUGCUCUGGAUCAGAUCUACCACGGGAAGCAUCCCCUGAGGAGCUCGACCACAGACAUCCUCAGGGACACCCAGGAGAAGUUCUAUGGCUUACCGUACGUCCCAAACACUGCCUGGCAGCUGCGCUUCAGCCACCUGGUGGGCUACGGUGCCAAAUACUACUCCUACCUGGUGUCCCGGGCAGUGGCGUCCAUGGUCUGGAGGGAGUGCUUUCUCCGGGAUCCGUUUAACAGGGCGGCGGGGGAGCGCUACCGCCGGGAGAUGCUGGCGCACGGCGGGGGCAAGGAGCCCCUGCUCAUGGUGCAAGGUGUGCUUCAGAAGUGUCCUUCUAUCGAUGACUUCGUAAAUGCCCUUGUUUCUGACUUGGAUAUGGACUUGGAAACUUUCCUCACGGAUUCUAAAUGAUGGGAACACCGUGAAUCCUUUAAAUCAGUCACGGAGGUAUCAGUUUUGUUGUAAGUGCUACAACUUUGAACGUUUGUUUCUGAUUUCAGCAUUCAGUUCUGUAAUAACUUAUGAAAAACCUUAAACCAGUGGAACUUGGAAUAAAUAAUUUUUUAAAAUUA